GACAAACGACGAAAAGAACACAGAAGGAGAGGGACAUUCAAGGAAGUAGGACCCUAUUCGGAUGAGUUCCAAGAGUUUCAAUGUGGACGACUCCUUUAUGAUCCAACCCAGAGCCAACCCCAUUAUUCACUAGAUAGGACUCGUCGCCAACCAUUCAGUCCGUCCAAUAGACGGAUCCUCAUUGCGGGUGACCGAAUUGAACGCCCCAUUUUCCUGCAGAGGUCGCUAUCUUUGUUAUUGUUGUGAUUGGGCCCGGGCUCGGAAAAUGCCGCAUUUUUAUGGCCACCGCGAGCCUCCGCUUGAUGUUCAAGCCAAUGCCGCCGUGAGCGGUCCGCCCAAAGUUCAGCGUGCCCAGUGUGACACUUAUCCCGAGGCCUUGGGCCCGCUACCAACGGCCGCACCCCAACGGAACGCCAAUCUAGUUCGUCCAUCAAUGGGACGAGACAAAUAGACGGAGAAUCUGAUUCGAUCCUGGUCGCCCUUGGACCGCCCAACGCCGCGAUUACCACCCGCUCAGUCCAGUGGUGGGCAUCCAAGUCGUGGUGGUAGCGCCGCCUCACAGCGCGGGUCCCGACCACGGCCAAGGCCACGUGGAACCGGGCACGGUCAAAAGGCGGGGGGCUUUCAGAGCAUGGACCAUAGUUUAGGGGGCAGUGUUGUGGUCUCGAGCGGUGCGUUAGUGAUGGGUGUGACGGGUAUGACGGGCAGCGGGCUGGGCAGUGGCCAUGGGGGCGGAGCGGGCGUCAAGAAGGGCGGUUCGCCCAGCGCUCCCCGCUUAUUCAUGACGAGUGUGAUCGAGUCGCGCGAUGACCUGGAAGAACGCCACGAUCGCUGCUUCGCCUUGGUUCAAGCCUUGGUGACCGACAAGACUGAGAAGGAGUCGAACGACGCCUUGGCGGGCGCCGUGUCCAAAGACCCCAAAACCCACGAGGACAUCUGCCUGGGCCUGAUGAUCGGGGUGUUGAGCGACGCCGAGAGUGCGCCCCGAUAUUUCCGGGAUUUGACCUUAGUGGCCCGGGAUGGCCUCAUUGCCGUGUACACCCAUUUGACGCAUUUGGUUUUGGAAAAGUAUCCAAAGUUGUUUCCGGCCGCUAAACAGCAAUUGCUGUGGCUCACCCGCGAGAUGAUUAAGAGCUCAGUCACGGGAAUGGAGAACAUCGUGUGGAAUCUCAUGCGGCAAAUUGCGGGCGGCGAUGUGUCCCGUCCCAAUUUGUGGCUGGCCGACCAGCUCUUGGAUAUCUUUGUCGAGCACCGGGCUUGGUUGGAAAAGUUUCCGUUCCUGCUGGCCUCGGUCGUGUACACCUACCUCCGGGUCAUCGAAGACCACUUCCAUGUGGACAAACUCCGCGAAAAAGAGGUCAAGUUCGUCAUCAGCCUGAUCCGCGAACGCUUCACCGACGUUAUGGUGAUUGGCCGGGAUCUGGUGCGCGUGCUCCAGUACGUGGCCAAAAUCCCCGAAUUCCAAGAUCUCUGGCAAGACAUGAUCCACCAUCCGCGGACAUUGUCACCCAGUUUUACGGGCAUUACUCAGCUCAUGCAUACGCGGACCUCGCGCCGAUUCCUUCAGUCCCGCAUCACACCGGAAAUGGAGAAAAAACUCGUAUUCUUCACGUCCCAGGUGCGCUUCGGCACUCAUAAGCGCUAUCAAGACUGGUUUCAGCGACAGUAUUUGUCCACCCCUGAGUCCCAGUCGCUACGCUGUGAUCUAAUCCGAUUCAUCGUGGGCGUCAUUCAUCCCACCAAUGAGCUCUUGGGCUCGGACAUCAUCCCCCGUUGGGCCAUCAUCGGAUGGCUUCUGACCACGUGCACCAUUCAGGUGGCCUCGAGUAACGCCAAGCUGGCGCUUUUCUACGAUUGGCUCUUCUUCGUCCCCGAUAAGGACAAUAUCAUGAAUAUUGAGCCUGCCAUUCUGGUCAUGCAGCACUCGAUGCGGCAUCAUCCAAAUAUCACCGCCACCCUCCUGGACUUUCUCUGUCGCAUCAUAGUGAACUUUCAUCCCAAGGAGCAAGAAAAGGUGCGCUCCGGCAUUUACAACUCGCUCAACACAAUCGUGGAGAAACGGGUGGUGAGCUCGCUCUCGCCUCUCUUUGACAAUUCACGGCUUGACAAAGAGCUUCGAGCGCUCAUUCGAGAGCGAUUCGCGCCCUUCUUUCCUAAAGAGUCGGCCGAGCCCCUACCUCAAGUCGAUCGGGACGAGGACGCGGAUGGAAGUGCACGAUUCAGUGACGAAGACGAUGAAGAGAACGCCCACUCGAAGGGGGGAUCGACAAGCCACAAUGCCACCCCCAAUUCCAAUGCUGUGAAAUCCAGUGGUCAAGGCCACUCCUCAUCACCCUCAUCGCCGAACAAAAAGAACCACACUGGUCGGAGACAAAGUUCGGGGGAUGAGAGUGAAAGUGGUAAUGGCUCGGACGAACUCCCCGUUGAGGAGUUAGAUGACGAUAUCAAGGAGACGUUAAAGGAGUUGAAGGCUGAAACCGAGUGUGAGAAACGUUGCGAGCUAAUCGAUAACUUGGUCAAGACAGUGAUAUCCGAACAGUUGGACUUUGAGCAGUGUAGUGCAUUGGCCUCGCAACUCACCGAUGUCAUUCCCGAGGAAUUCGAAGGGCGGAUCUUCCCUGAAAAUCCCACACUCGAAAACAUUGAAGACUCGAUAGGUCGGCCGUUGUUCGUGCUCUUUCGCUCCCUAUGCGAAAUGUCGGACUCGGACCAACGCACAAUUCUUCUCCAGAUCCUGGCCGAACUAUAUACGCUCCAACUCCGCAUUGGUUACUAUCUGCUGUAUUUUUUGAGCGCCGACAAGGCCCAUCCGAGGAGUGCCAAGGAAAAGGCGAGUAUAUACAAAGACCUCUGUGAGGCCAUUGAUGAGAAAUUCAGUUUGGACAUUUGCUUGGUGAAUGAUAUGCGCCAAUGCCAGGAGGAUGACGUCAACCUGUUUGUGUACCUCGUACCUGAAAUCUUCACCAACUUCCCCAAGCACUCUGUGGGAAACGUGAACCUUCUAUACUUAGUGGUCGCAUGUGUGGAUGGGAGACAGGUGCAGACCCUCGUGUGUCACAUCAUCGCCAAAGACUUCGUCAUGUUCAAAAAGGAUAGCUUCCCGGCCAUUCUGCAGACAAGUCUUACAUGGGAGACUUUCGAACAAUACGCUUUGUGGCAACUCACCGCAGCACACGACCUCCCCAUUGAUUGCGUAUUGCCUCUUGUUCCCAAACUGUCCUUUUCUCAACACUCCGAAGCUCUUACUUCCGUCCUCCUUCUGCUCAAACAAGAGCGACCCACCAACGACCUCUUAAAACAUCUCCUUACGCGCGAGGCCGAGACUGGCGACCGCUUUGUGAGUGCAGCUCUCAUCUAUUGGAUGCACGAAUACGACGAUAAACUCGGGGACAUUAUAUCCAACCAUUUAUCAAAACAAUCCUCGGCCGGGCCGGGAAAGCGAAAACGGAACCAGCCCUCUGCCCUGAAGAACGGUGCCCUCUCACAUUCGGCCGAGCUGUGCUUGCACCAUUUGGAUGAUCUCCGUCAGAUUUGUAAACAGUACGAGUUCUUCAAUCUCCAAAGUAUCCAAUCCGCCCUCCACCAGGCCAAGCAGGCGUGCACCGACACUCAGAAGAAGAAGUUCAUGGACCUCUUUGCUAUGGUGGACUCGGAUAGCGAGCCCGAUGAGCCCAGUAGUAAUAACAAACGGAGAAAAGAUUCCAAGUCGACGUCAAAUUCAGUCAGUAAAAGCCCGGGCAAGGGCAAACAGCCCAAAAACAACGUGAGCGCCACCAAAGUCUCGGAGAGCUCGGACGAGUCGAGCGAGGGCUCCGAGGAGAACGAGAAACCCUCGUCUCGGGGAUCCGCAGGAAAGCAACAACGUGGGGGAGGAGGGGGUGGGCGUGUGACUAGUGGCAACACGAACAAUAAGCGUAAAAGAGCCAAAAAGGUGUCUUCGUACAAAAUCUCAACCGAUGAAACCAGUGAGGACGAGGAAGUGCUGGCCAAGAAGGUGCCCAAAAAGAAGAAGAAAGUGUCGCCUCCGUCGGAUAGCGAUUGAUUUGUUAGCGCAACACACACUGGGUUAGAAACCGCCUUCAUGUUAUUCCACCGUUUCAGCAACCACUUCUUCAUGUACUAUUCCCUACCUGCAGCCUUUUAUUUCUCACGUCUUUUCCAAAUGAGCUUUGGACCAUUCUGAAGAGUGAAUAACCGUUGUGUGCUGCCGACGCAAAAACAAAAUCGACGUGGAUACAUAUUCAUAUGCAUCGCCACGUAAUGGGUUAAAAGGACACGUACACAACAAAAUGUCUCGUAAACGGGAAUCAACAGAAAUAUAUUUGUAAGAAUGGA